AUGAGAUUUUUAUCAAUUAGAACUAACUUUAAAAUCUGCAAAAGAUUUGUAAGUUUUGUCUUACCAGAAGAAAGAAGUUAUACUCAUGGUGAGAGUAAUAUUAAGUUACUUCCUCACACUAUUGGUGAUAGGUUGAUUAUGGCUAAAAAUAAAGCUCCUGAUCAUAUUUUUAUUAAUAUGAUGGAGCAAAAUAUUUCCAGGAAUUAUAACGAUUUUUAUAAUGAUUGUGUAAAAUUUGGAAGUGGUUUGAUAAAACUAGGUAUGAAACCAGGUGAAAAAGUUGCUAUAUGGUCACCAAAUUAUUAUGAAUGGUUGGUAACUAGUUAUGCUACAGCAUUAAAUGGUAUGAUAUUGGUAAAUAUUAAUCCUGGUUAUCGUCAAGACGAGUUAUGUUAUGCUUUAAAAAAAGUUGGCAUUAAAACUAUUGUAUGUCCAAAAGAAUUUUUAUCCACAAAAUAUUAUGAAAUUUUAUGCAAACUUGUACCUGAAAUAGAUAGAUUACCGGAAGGUUCUAGUGGGAUAAAGUCAAAAGAAUUUCCAUUACUAAAACAUGUUAUUGUAUUUGAUAACAAGAAUGAAAAUUUAAGAGGUUCAUGGAAGUUUCAAGAUAUAUGUGAUUUGGGUGGUAAAGAGGAAGAAGAAAUAUUAUUAAAAAAUAAUGGAAAAGUAAAAAUUGACGAUAUUUUUAAUAUACAAUAUACUUCUGGGACAACAGGAUUACCAAAAGCUGUAUCAUUAACACAUCAUGAAUCAAAAAUUUCAAUUUGUUCUCCAGCCCCUUUAUUUCAUUGCAUUGGAUCAGUUUGUUCCACAUUGGCUGGAUUAAUUACUUGCAACACUAUAAAUAUACCUUCACCAAUAUUUAAUGCUGAAAAAUGUUUACAAACGAUAGACAAAUUUAGGCCUCAAUAUAUUUUGGGUACUCCAACAAUGUUCAUUGAUAUAAUGAAUCAUAAAAAUUUUAAAGAUUAUGAUUUACAAUGUUUAAAAUGUAUUUUUGUAGGUGGUGCUCCAUGUACAGAAAAAUUGUGUAAUGAUUUAAUUAAAAAAUUUAAUUUAAAAAAAUUUUGUAUUGGUUAUGGAAUGACAGAAUUAUCAGCAUUAGCUUUAACAUCAAAUAUUGAUGACAAUCCAUAUGAAAAUAUUAAAAAAACUGGAUAUAUAUUACCUCAUUUAGAAUGUAGUGUUACUAAUAAAGAAGAUCAAAUUGUUUCACAUGGUGUAGUUGGAGAAUUAUGUUUUAGAGGAUAUUCAAUAAUGAAAGAAUACUAUAAUGAUGAAGAAAAGACUAGAAAAGAAUUGAAAAAAGAUAGAUGGUUUAAAACAGGUGAUUUAGGAUAUAUGAAUAAGGAUGGUAGUAUUGUAAUUACUGGACGAUCUAAAGAUAUGAUUAUAAGAGGUGGUGAAAAUAUAUAUCCAACAGAAAUUGAACAAUUGUUAAUGAAAAUUCCAGGUAUUCAAGAUGUUCAAAUUGUUGGUGUACCAAAUGCUCGAUUAGGUGAAGAUGUUUGCGCUUGGAUUUGCUUAAAAGAAGAUUUUAAAGGAAUUAUUACUCAAGAAGAUGUUAUUAAUUUUUGUAAAAAUAAAAUAACACAUUUUAAAAUUCCAAAAUACAUAUUAUUUAAAAAAAAACAUGAAUUUCCAAGAACCAAUUCAGGUAAAAUUCAAAAGUAUAAAAUUGAAGAAAUAAGUAUAAAAGAAUUGAAUUUAGAAGAUGUUCCAAAAGUUUUAUAA